UGUUAUCAUACAUGAAGUCUCAAAUUGCUGUGAAGACGUGCACAAUCACUUUGGCUCUCCUCUAAGAUUGAUUGUGCAGUUCAUUUUCGGGCUUUUUUUAUUUCGAUUUUGAUGACAAUAUCAAGAGAUCACUGACAUGGAAGCAAAUCAACAAACACAGAGUCAAGGAGCCGCCAAACAAGCCAUGAUUUAUAUCUGUGGAGGUUGGUUAUCUUAUGGAACAUUGUAAAGCACGAGGUGCCUUCGAUCCCGUAGUCUAGUUCAGACUCUUGAUCCGUCUUGAACAAGAAAUGAGUUAAAGAAAUCAAGAGAGGAAAAUCACUUGGAUGAAAUAAAUUCCUCUCGGAUUUUGGAAGGUUAAUGGGUAUUAAAAUACGAAGUAGUGACUAAUGAUCAACAAUUAUUUAAUAAAUAGAGUAAGAAAGGUAGUAAAUUUUGAGCAAUGAAUGUAGAUGUUUUUCCGUCUUGUCACGAGCGUGCGACAAAGAAAAACUUUCGAAUCCCCACGAGGAAUGGUAUAGUAGGUCCGUCAAAUUAAAGGCAGCCAGAGGCUUAUGAGGAGCAUCAGUUAUCAUUGAUCUCCUGAUAUGGUCAUGAAUCGAACUUCAAACCUUCGAAUUCUGCGCUCGAAGCAACAAGACGAAAGGCAUCUUUCUCUAACUAUUUACUAGGACUGGGUUCGGUUUACGCAUGACAGCGAGAGUAAUCGAAACAUCGUGGUUUGUGUUUUCUUUCAAAGUAGAAGGCCUUUGGAUAAUUCAAACUGAAGACUUGUUAACUCUUGCAUUUAUGUGAAAUCGAAUCCAAUGGUUGCACGCUUGGGAAUUACUAUUGUCUGUACGUGUAUUUGACAGAAAUGUAUUACAUCACUCCUUCAUCCAUUAGAGUCAAUCUAAUAAGUGGCCGUGUUACCAUAGUUCAAAGAGGUGAAUGGUUUGGAAACCUGUUUUAUUCUUCCCACAAUGACAAAGUUUGUUUUCAUUUGAUUUAUGUUAGUCUUUAAAUGAGGCAAACUUAAUGGAAAUUAUAUUUUGUUGACACAAAUGACUUCCUUUCCCAUGUUUAUGACUAGGAAGGGCUGAAACACACAUACACAGACAAAAGCAAAGAGAAAAAAAAAAAACUUUUGUUAUAUCCUGAUAAACUCUUAAACUCCCUAGAUGUCAUUAGGAAUUAUCCUGAUUGUCUGCUGUACAUUUCUUCUUGUGUUACUUCUGAGAAAUUGGUAUUGGAUUAAGUAAUAAUCUAAUUGAUAUUUAUUUUGGUUCUCAUCAUUUUCCUUCUUGAUUUAGUAUUGAUAUUGUGAGGAGAAAUUCUGUCUUGGUCACUUAUAGGAGUUAAAGAGUUAUCAAGUUAAUGAAUAGAUUCCAUGUUACUGUGCAACUGUUCUGUAAUAUAUCACAGGGUGGCUCAAAAAAAAAAAAAAAAAAAAAAAAAAAGAAGAAAUUUAGCUUCCAUUAUGAUAGUUUGUCUCAUUUGAAGACUAACAUUUGAAAAAAAUGAUGUCAUCUGUUAUCCAUAACCAAACAGACACAUGGCAAAUGGAAUAUAUAUUUUUAUUGAGAUGGGCAUUUGUGUCUGUCCUCCAAUAGGUCAUAGGUGAGAACAAAUCAAAAUGUGUGGACAAUUCAGCUUCUAUUUUGACAUGUUGUAGAAUUUUAGGUGCAGGUGGAUCUGUGGUAGCCUUUGUAUAAAAGUAGUGACACCCACCCAGUUCACUAACUGGUUUGCCCCAAGAGGCUACAAAACCUUAUUUCACCCUUUGACCCUCAAGAGUGACAAGCAUCUAAUUUCUCCUUACAUUAUCACCUCUGAAUCACACAUUAAGGUCAUGAGAAUAUAGGAAAUGAUCACCAACUAAAGAAGCUCCUGAUUAUUUAUUAAAUUCUCCUUGUCUGCAACUUAGGAAAUGUAUAGGGAAGAGAAUGGAGAAUAUGCAUACUGAUAUCAAGGUGUAGAGAAUUUAGAUAACUUACUUUUUAUAAUUUUUGUUUUUCCCUAUUAUUCAGAAUGUCACACAGAAAAUGAGAUCAAAUCAAGGGAUCCAAUUCGUUGUCGGGAAUGUGGAUACAGGAUCAUGUACAAGAAAAGGACAAAGAGAAGUAUCCUUUUGCCAACUAGGUGUUAUGUUACUGUGCAUAAAGAACUAUUAUGUGUCCAAGGGGAUUCUGUGAACAAAAAAAUCAGUUGACAGAAAGACAAGGGUUCCAAAAUGUAAAAAAAAAAAAAUAAAAUAAAUGGUUGUGCCUGAGUGACAAGCUGUUAACCCCUUUAACUUUCAAUAUCUGAUUGAUAAUUCUCCCCUCUAGCUGCUACACAUUUCCAUUUGAAUUUGUUAUGGGUAACUGGUGUAAGAACAAGAGAACAUCUCCUACCUGAUACAUCUCAGUAUUCUCAUUACCUACUGGAUGAUAUAAAUGUAGAAGUUAAUCACUUUUGGGAGUUACAGGGUUGAGGCAUUGGAAUGAACCUGUGCAUGAAUUCCUAGUCUGAUAUAAUAAUUUUAUCAUAUAUCCUCACCUUUUCAUGAUUUUGUGUGGCAAUCAAUUCUAAGCUUUUACACAACCCUCCCCUCCCCCCUGCCCCUCCACCCAUUUGACCCAUGUCUGUGCCUGGGGAGUGGAGAAUUCAAACCUUGCCUGACUAGGGUUGAAGCUUCAAAUUGAUCUGUGUAUUAGUCACAAGGGUCAACUUUAUUCUACCUUCAUUAGAAUUGAGAUACUUUGAUAAUAUUUUGAAGGAUCAGUGCUUAUGGGGAAGAAGCUGUAUGGUAAAAUCUACAUAUUUGUGGAAAUUUGAGUUGAAAAGUAAAAGUGAUUGUUUACAAUGUAGUUGUCUCCUUAACAAAUUGCUUCUCAAAGUGGUGGUUUUUGAUGCCAGAUGACAUGGUUUUAACACCCUCACAAGACAAUCUGCGCAAAAAAAGAUAUUUCUAGUGGAG